AUGUCCGUCCCUCCGGCGUCAAGCGCCAAUGAGGUGCUCGACGAAAUGGAGGCCCUAACUGCUUCUUACAUGGGACUGCUCAACGAUGCCGAGGUGAACAUUGGGGCUCCUCCCCUCGAUUCAUUCGACUUUGAAGGUGAGGAGGAAGAGGAAGAGGAGGAGGAAGUGGUGGCCGAGAUCAAUGAGGCGGCGUUCGAAGCCGCUCAAGAGGAAGGUGCUCACCGGCCCGUAAUCCGAUCGUCGAACUACAUCGAGGUUGAUGAUGUUCUUUUGGUUCGUGCUUGGUCGGAAGUUGGGAUGGAUACGGUUCAUGGCAUGGAUCAAACCGGGAAACGCUAUUGGCAACGGAUCGAGGACAAGUAUUGCAAGCUCAAGCCCAAGACCGGGCGCUUGGUCCAUCGUUCUUACCGGUCACUUCAAGGACGGUGGGAGGUGAUAAAGCCCGCUUGUGCUCGUUGGAGUGCGGCUAUGGACCAAGUGAUCAACGCUCCACCAAGUGGCACCGUUGAGAGUGACUAUGAGACAUAUGCGGACUUGCGGUACAAGGACAUGGCUGGUUCCAAGGGAAAAUCUUUUGCCUUCAAGCAUUGUUGGGCAUUGCUUAAAGAUCUUGACAAGUGGAAACCCGAGGGAUCCAAGAAGGCCAAGGAAAGGAUGAAGUUGGAAGCAGAUGCAUCAAGCUUGAAGGACAAGCUUGAUCAAAUGAUCAAGACAAAGGAUACAUUGACAUUGAAGGCAUUGAAGAAAAAACUCCUUAUCAUCGAGAGAAAGAAAGAGGUGAAACUUGCAAAAUUGGAAGCUAGGCGGAAAGAUGCCAACCGGAAGGCCGAAAUAGAGGAUAGGAUGAUCAAGCUCAAGGAAGCAAAGGCAUGA